AUCUCUCUUACCGCAUUUCGUCGCCGACCUGAUAAAAGCAUGCGCUAUAUAGCCUACUCUCACCUCUUGGCGCACAUCACAUCUUAUAUACGGACUGCGCACGCCCACGCCGCCCAGUUCUCCCAUACUCUCAUAUACCAUACCCGUAUACCCGCUGCACCUCCCGAUUCCCGCACUGCGCUCGUCAGACUUAUACCCGGAUCCGUCUUCGUGGCCGUCGGCGGUUCUCCGUGGCCGAAUCUACUAAUACGCACGCCAGGUAGCAGGUGAGGACCGGUCUGGUACAUGGGCGGACACGCGUCGAGUUGUUUGAUAUCAUGUCCGCCAAGAAGGAACCUGGGGUCAGAGACGAUUUGGACGAGAUGGAGAGGAGUUACUGGGAGGUCGUGAAAGGCAGCCGGGCCAAGGAGGAUCUCCGGAUUGACCACGAGUACACCACCCAAGAGGCCCAGCUGCGACACCAACUAGUCGAUCUCUACGAUCGUAAGACGCAGCUUAACAACGAGUUGAGGCUCGUUGCUGGUCGCAUUCAGCAGUACGAGGAGCAGCAGGAACGCCUGGCUCACGAUUUCGAGAAGAGCCGCGAGCGCCUCCGGGCCCAGCGCCGAGAGGAUGAUCGGACGCAAGAAGACCGGUUCGCCAAGAAGCGGGAGACCUUGGGAUCCACGCGACCGAAGAGCAGCGGCAGCACCGGCCGCCGCCAAUCCGGUUCCCAGUCUGGCGCCGCCGGAUGGACGAGUAUCAAUGGCGCCUCCCGCCGACGCAGCCGCCGAGAAGAGGACGAGGUGGAGCCGCCUGCCGAUCCGGGCAACCUGCUGAGCAGCAUCUACCACAACCCCGUCGACGAGACCGAGCCCGUCGGCGGGAGGGCAAUGCCCUUGCGGAGUAGCGCUACCCGUGCCCGCGCCGGUCCGGUCCUGAACGGCCUGGGCAUUGACGUAGACAUGAACGGCCCCGACGGCCCGCUAAACAGCCGCGUUAAAGACAGACUGCUAAAGCCGAAGCGACAUAGCUUGCCGAGCAUUCCAGCUGGGGCCCGUCUACCAGUCGUGAGAGCAUCCGGACCUGAGCUGUAUAACGAGUCUAAGGCCAAGUCCCCAUCCGGCCGGAAGUCGCUGCCGAGCGCCAAAGGCUCGGUUUCCCUCACGGAGAGCCCGGCGCCAACGAACGAUGGCCAAGAGAUCACCCGCGACAAGUUGACCUUUAGGGACGACGGUAGGGUCAUGCUCGAGCCACCGAUGUUUGCCGGCGUGCCCCUGGAGCGGAUCGACGCGAGCCACCCGUACUGGGAUCCCGAAUGGGAGCCGCUGGAGAGCAUCAUCCAACCCCAGCUAGACAAGUGGAAGGAAAAAUUGGAACAGCUGCGACAGACGCCCGACGCCAUCCGCCAUACCGUCUUUCUAGCUAAUCGUCAGGUCAAUCGCGGUCAAUCAGUCAUCGAUUUCCUCCGGGAGGAGACGUGGCAUCCUUACCAAUUCGUCUGCAAAGAUAUGAUGACCAAGUGUUACAAGACCUUUAUCAACUACGACACCAUCUUCCGGCUAUGCAACGUGCACGAGGAGCUGAAAAAGUUUGACCUCGACGUGAAGCCUCUCGAAUGGCUGCGCGUGCGCAUGCUUGAGGUGGCCGCGGUGCAGGGUGAAAAGUUCAGCCUGUCCAAGACCGUUCACGACUUGUACCACGACGCGAAGUUGAAGUUCCUGCGAGAGAAGCACGGUUUCGGCAACAUCGGACGGCCAUCGGGCUAUAAGUUGGCCGGUAGGGACCCAGCGAAGGGGGUGGCUAAGGCGAAGGUGAAGCAGGAGCCAGCCGCGCUGGGACGGCGCAAGCCUCGCCGGUCGAUCGGUCAAGUCGACGCCGAGGAUACGCCGAGCCUGGACGGGAUACAGAGAGGAUCGGAGCAGCCGCAGUUGGAGGUGUUCGAGCCGGUCACGCCCCGCUCGCUGAAGCGCCAGCGCCUCGAACCGGCGCCCCCGAAGGAGGAGCCGCCAGAGGAUGACGAUCUCGACUACAACGGCUGGACGUCGACCGAUUCCUUCUCAGCUGGCAGAAUCAUGCACCUCGACUGGCGAGUUUACCAGAUCAAGACACGCUCCCUCACGACGAGCAUCGAGGUGACGCAGUACUGGACCUGGAAACCGGAGAAGAACCUGUUCGAGCACCAGGUGCUGCGUGACGUCUUCCCCAAGGUGACGUGGGGGUUUUACCAGAAGCCCAUCAAUUUUAAUCUGGGUCUGGAAGAGGUCCGCGAGAUCCAGUACGCCCCAGAGUGCCAGAAGAUUCUGGUCAUCAUAGCAGACGAGAAGCGUGGCAACAUCCUUACCCAUUUCAAGCGGGAGCGCACCAAGAAGCGGUUUCUCGCGUUCGCCAAGAAGAAGGGCCUCAAACUCGUCAAGCGCACCGGGGCGCAACUGGAAGAAGUAUGGGAAAAGAUGGAGUCGGAGACGAUGCCGAACGGGGAAUCGGACGCGUGAGCGGCGUAUACCUCCGCAUAUCUGUCUACGCACCCUUCGGCGGGCGACGGUGCAGACUCGGCUCGUUACCAUACGGCGACGCUCUCUGCUCGCGCCGAGAUCUGUCUAUCUUCUGGCUCCCUC